CUGGACUGCUGACCUAGAAUGGCCCAGAACGGCACGACGGAGAACGGCGAGGCGGAGGGGGGCCCGCCCCCGGCCCCGGCCCCGGCCCCGGCUCUCCCCCAGCCCCUGAAAGUCCAGGAGGUCAGACACACCAAGAUUUUUAUCGACAACGAGUGGCGCGCAUCCAGCAGAGGAAGGACGUUUCCAACCUUCAAUCCGGCGACAGGUGUCCGGAUCUGUGACAUCCAGGAGGCGGACAAGGAGGAUGUGGACAAAGCGGUGGAGGCGGCGAAGCUGGCCCAGCAGAGAGGCUCUCCGUGGCGCAGGAUGGACGCGUCCGGACGCGGGAGGCUGCUGCACCGGCUGGCGGACCUGAUGGAGAGGGACCGGCUCCUGCUGGCGACCCUGGAGACUCUGGACACGGGCAAACCGUUCCUGCAGUCCUUCUUCAUUGACCUUGAAGGCAGCAUCAAAACCCUCCGUUACUACGCAGGCUGGACCGACAAGAUUCACGGACAGAGUCUCCCCGUGGAUGAAACCUUCUUGUGUUUAACCAAACACGAGCCUAUUGGCGUUUGCGGAGCCAUCAUUCCCUGGAACUUUCCUCUGCUGAUGUUCACGUGGAAGAUCGCCCCGGCCCUGAGCUGUGGAAACACUGUGGUGAUUAAGCCGGCGGAGCAGACCCCCCUGACGGCCCUCCACGUCGGAUCGCUCAUCAAAGAGGCCGACUUCCCUCCAGGGGUGGUGAACAUUGUUCCAGGGUUCGGUUCCACAGCAGGAGCAGCUAUUUCCAGCCACAAAGAUAUCGACAAGGUGGCCUUCACUGGCUCCACAGAGGUCGGCCAGCUGAUCAAAGAGGCGGCAGCCAAAAGCAACCUGAAGAGAGUGACUCUGGAGCUGGGAGGGAAGAAUCCCUGCAUCGUGUUUGCCGACUGUGACUUGCAGAUGGCAGUGGAGGAAACCCAGAAAGGAGCGUUUUAUAACCAGGGUCAGUGCUGCACGGCUGCGUCACGCGUCUUUGUGGAGGAAUCCAUUCAUGACGAGUUUGUGCGUCGCAGCGUAGAGAACGCCAAGAAGGUUGUCAUAGGAGACCCCCUGGACCCCCGGACGUCACACGGACCACAGAUUGACCAGAAGCAGUUUGAUAAAGUCAUGGAUCUGAUAGAGAGCGGGAAGAAGGAGGGAGCCCGACUGGAGUACGGAGGAGAAGCUGUGGCCGAGAAGAGCCUCUUCAUUAAGCCCACCGUCUUCUCUGGGGUCAAAGAUCACAUGCGCAUCGCCAAGGAAGAGAUCUUUGGUCCAGUGCAGUGUAUAUUCAGCUUUAAGAGCCAGCAGGAGGUGGUGGACCGAGCCAACAGCUCGCAGUAUGGCCUGGUGUCUGCCGUCUUCACACAGAGCAUGGACAGAGCUCUGUCUGUGUCUGCAGCUCUGGAGACUGGCACCGUCUGGAUAAACUGCUAUAACGCCCUCCAUGCACAGACUCCCUUCGGCGGCUACAAGAUGUCAGGAAACGGACGAGAGCUAGGAGAGUACGCCCUGGCUGAGUACUCAGAGGUGAAAACAGUGACCAUCAAGCUGAGAGAAACCAUAUGAGACCUGCUCUGCACGAGGCCUCGUCACACAUCGCUCCUGUCCACACACUCCUGUCCUGUCGUCCUCACGCUGCUGCCAGGACGGUUAGGUUUAUAUACGCAGUGUAUCAGGGUACAAAAGACUCGUGUAGCUGAGGAUAGGAUUUGACUCAACAGUCUAAAGAAAUACAGGCAACUUUCUUUUUAAAGGUUUUUAUUUGUCAGUGAUCUGAGAUUACCUAGAAGAAAGUGGGUGGUUUGAAACCUGAAGGGCUCAAGGGUUCAUCUACAGAGGGACGAGAUGGAGAAAAGUCAGUCAAGCCUUGAAAAUGCUCUGUUUUAUAUGCAUAAAAAUGUGAUGAUCCGCAUCAAAUCACAAAUACAAAAUAUAACACAAUGUAUUUAACCUGAUUUCCUCCCACAAUGACUGGAAACAGCAGUGAAUCUUUCAGUGUUUGUACUCUGGAUUAAAUGAGAGGUUGUCAAGCAUCUUUUUUCAUAAAUGAGACUUCACGAAAUGCACAGCAUCAUUAAUCAAUGGACACGGAUGUAUUGAUCAGUGGGUAGCUUGAUGAAUGAACGGAUGAUUUGAUGAACGCGUGUUGGUAAAUUGUGAUGUGUAGAUCUGAGCCCAAAGUGUCAACACAACAUGAACUGUUCUAAUAUUUACUGUCUGUAUUCAUCAUAUAUGUUAAACAUUCACAAUGCUGUUGGGUCAGACGGCAUUUUAUGACCAAUUAGUUCAGAAAACUAUGUUUUGAAGCAGAGAAACAUCUAAAACAUGCAGGACCGGGGUUGGAGACCACUGCCAGCUCCGAAUGUGGUAUUUCCUCACAGCAUCCACACAGCUUCCAGACAUUAACAAAUUAGCAUUGAAUCUUUCCUAGGAUUUAAACUGUUCAUUUUUCUUUCUUUUAUUAAUUAAAGCCACACAAGAUUUUUGAAGUUGUUGUCAAUCAUCCUCCCCAAACCUAUAGAGGCCGUCUCUCGCUGGUCCUGGAGGGCCACAGUUCUGCCAGCCUUCAGCGUCUCCCGGCUUUAAUGACUUUGUGAACAGCAAACAGCCGAAAGCUUGCAGAAAACAUGUCAUUCACAAUUACCAGGUGUGUUGAGGCAUGUAGUAACGAUACAGGACUGUGGC